AGAUGCUGACGGUGUCCACCUGCGCCACCUCCCCAUGUCCGCCAUCGCGGUUCCACCAUCCUCCUCAACAAGAUCAAAGCUUUCGCUUCAGACCCGCUUCCCGGCGGCAACUCCUCACUGCCCUCGUCUUACCCAUCGCUCCUCUCUUCGUUUCGAGCGAGCCCACGUCGCCGUUCUCGCCCGUCGCUGAUGCCCGCGGCCUCUUCCAGAUGCCCCCUCCUCGGCUCACCAACAGGUAUUUCUUGGUGAGGGCAGGGGAAUCUGAGUAUGAGAGCUUGGGCAUAAUCAACACUAAUCCGGUUGCGAAGACGUCGGUUGAUAGCGGGUUGUCGAAGAAAGGGAAGAAGCAGAUGGUUCGGGCAGCUUUCGAUUUGAAGGAGAUGGGGGCGUGCGAAAGGAAUUGUUGGAUUUGGCCUUCUAUCACUCAGAGAGCUUACCAGGCUGCUGAAAUCAUUGCUUCGGUCAAUAAGAUCAGUCGGAGCUACAUAGUCCCAGAGUAUAGCUUCCUAGAUGCCAGGGGAUUGGGAGCCUAUGAAGGGAAGAACCUUGACUCUGUUUCUGAGGUAUAUGAAUCUGACAGCAUCUCUCCGAGGAUCAGGCCUCCUCCCAUAGAUGAUGGGACUCCAAAUGAGAGUGUCGCAGACGUAUUUGUUCGCGUAACACAACUUAUGUCAAUUCUUGAGACCCAGUACUCAGAAGACACCGUGAUCAUUGUAUCGCCUGAUUCUGACAAUUUGUCAGUUUUACAAGCUGGCAUGGUUGGCCUUGACCUUCGGAGGCACAGAGAGCUUUCUUUUGCUCCUGGAGAGGUCAAAUUUGUCGAUACCAGCAGCAUACCAACUUAUAAGCAGCCUGCAUCUGCUGUUUAUAAAUGCUUAAAUCCACCAAGUUGUACCUGAAUUGCUUUAAAGCUCUUGCAUCAGGAACUUGGGAGGAAAAUCUCGGUUCAUGUUGGAGUUCGUGUUCACUUAUUGCUGAAACUAGUACAAACUAUCCUUUCCUUUCGGAUGGCAUCGCUGCAGAUACGCGGAGAUCAGCGAGGAAGGCAUUCGUUCUGAUCACGGGCAACGUAAGCCGUAUGAUGAGAUGCCGAGUAAAAACCAGGGUACUCGGCUUCUGUGGUUUUAGCUUGUGUAAGUUGAGAGGUGGGAAGGAAAAUUAAAAAAUUUUGAGGGCUCUUCUGAUGCCAGAUCAAUGAAACUUUGGUAGCUGCAGCUGGUGUGUUUACGUUUGGUUAAGCAGCUCAACCCCCACCAUCAACCCUCGCAUUUAUGACUCCAGUACAUAAUUCCAUAAAAUUCUGAUCUUGAGAAUAUAUAUUGCAUUCAGGAA